AUGAAUCGUUCUAAUUGUGAAUUGAACAGCAGAACUAAGUUCUCCUACUCUUGUGGAAGAUGCAGAAAGCGUAAAAUUAAAUGUGAUCGUCAGCUCCCGUAUUGUAGCUCAUGCUUGGAAAAAGGAGAAACAGUAACCUGUAAAUAUGAUUCUAACCCUUGGCAAAGAGAAUUGAUGGUAUAUGAGCCGGGGAAUGCACAAUUGAGAAAAGAAUUAGGGAUUUUGAAAACGACAGUAAGUUCUUUAGAGAAUAUGGUCGGUAAUCAAAAGGCAGCCUUGGAUGAGAUGAGAAGGAACACAACCAUAGAACAAUCUGUGCGUAAUGGACUAGAAGAUCAGAAAUUAAAGGUCAAUAUGUCCAAUUUUCAUAGCCUUCUCUUGAAGAAUUUAAGAUUGACAUAUUACGGGCCUACAAGUUACUUAAGCCUUUUAAUGAAUGACCAGUAUGGUAUUAAAGUUCUUGCGAAAUACGCAGAACUUCAAGAAGAGAAAGUCUUGGAAACCGGUGGCAAUGAUCUAGACGCUAGCGUUUCAAACCAUAAUCGUAUAGUUCCAGUUACAGAAGAUUGUUCCCGUAUUCCAGAACCCAUGCAGCUAGAAAUGCCAUGUUUACCACCGUAUGAAACUUUGAUUUAUUUGGUCGAGCGAUUCUUUCAAGUAUGUUAUCCAUUAGCUCCAUUUCUCGAUAAAGACGUUUUUAUGAAAAAUAUUUCUCCCUUAUCGGAGGAUAGAGGCUAUUCUCUGGAGAAUAUACUGCCAAUUAAAUGUGGAAUACUAUCAGCAUUGUUGAUUAUGUUGAGAUUUGCAGCCUUGACUUUGUCCUCAGAAAGUGAUCCCACUGAACCCAAAAUUACUAUACCGUCUUCUUACAUUGAAUAUUCCAAAAUGUUACUUUUAUCCCCAGAAGGAUCUGGAAGAAUUAAUCUAGAUAUAAUUCAAGCAAUUUUACUUUUACGAACGUAUAAGACAAUCUGUCCUGAGGAUGAUAGUGAAUCAUCAGAUACGAGGGUAUUAUUAGGUAUUGCUAUUGAUAUGUCAGUAAUUCAAGGACUUUCCUUGAACAUAAGGGUGAAUCUGUUUAUUUCAAAACAAGAAUUAUAUAUACGAAGGAAAAUUUGGCUUCAACUUCUUUAUGAUGAUAGUUUUAAUUCAUUUAAUUUUGGUAUACAACCUUCAAUUUCUGAGUUUGAUACCGAAGAAUUCUCUAAAGGUUUGGAAGAGGGAGGUACUGUGUUUGAAGUUGAAGAGGAAUUUAUUAUAAGACAACUCAGGCUAAAACUUUUGGGUGUAUCAAUAAUAAAAAAAGUGGUCUUGUUAAUGAACAAUAGAAAACAAGAGAUUAGUUUACUUCAUGUUUCAACUAUUUUGGAUGAUUUUGAUAAAUUAUUAUACAGAGAGAUGUAUAAUUUUCAGGAAUUAAUAAAUUCUGACAUAGGUUUCACGAAUAGCCAUAAAAGUUAUGGAGUUGUGGAAUUUAUUAUGAGAAUAGAUCUCUAUUAUAAAUCCUUCAUGCUAUAUUACUUUUUGUUUUUAGUCUGGAAUGAUGAAAUAUCCUCGGGUUAUUGUAAGGCUCAUUUUCUACAUUUGGCUCUUGAAAAAGGAAUGAUUUUAUCUCUUUUAGGUGAUUAUUUCACAAAAGAUACAACCUUAUUCUUUGGAAUCGAGUUUGAAAAGUUAAUUGGUACUAGCAUUUGGUCAUCCUUAGCAAAGGUAAUACCUCCUAUGAUAUGCUUAUUAUGUCGCUCUCUUGACGGAGAAUAUAAUUUAUCUACUGCAGUUAAAAGCUUUGAAUCAUCUGAUUUUGACAUAAGAUCAUGGGCAAAUAUAGAUAUUAUGGAUAAUACGAUUUCCGUAAAAAAUAUUGUUAUAAAAUAUAAAGAUUUGUAUCAAAAAUGCAUUCAGCUUCAUGCUAAAUAUUUCAUCACUUAUAAAGUUGGAGUUUGCCUUCAAUUUAGCUUGGAUUUUAUUCAAAAUACAUAUCCAACACUUUUUCAAGAUAGUCUUCUCUCAGUUAAUAGUGAUUUUAUUGAAGAGAUUGAUAAAUUUCUAGACGCCGACAAUUAUGACACUUUCAAGAAUUUUAUUGAUUAUGACUUCGAUUAUAAUCUAUUUCUGUCAUUUUUGGAAGAGAAUUAG